AUGAUGUCCCCACUGGACAUUGUUAGCCCCGCGUCCACGACCAUUGCUGUUGAAAAGAGAGCGGCUGUGAAGAAGACACCUCGUCAAGCUGCGUCAAGUGUUGAAGCAAGUGGAAGACCAAGCUUCGCUAUACCGGUGGGUACCGGUAUGUACCAGUAA